AUGCUGAACCAGAAGGGUUGCGUUGUAUGGAUUACAGGCCUCAGUGGCUCAGGUAAAAGCACAUUAGCCUGCUCGCUUAGUAGAGAGCUUUACUCCAGGGGAAAGCUGUCAUAUAUCCUUGACGGUGAUAACCUGCGUCACGGAUUGAACAAAGAUCUUGGUUUCAAGGCUGAAGACAGAGCGGAAAAUAUACGCAGGGUCGGAGAAGUAGCGAAACUCUUUGCAGAUGCUGGUUUGAUCUGUAUUGCCAGCCUCAUAUCACCGUACAGAAAAGACCGAGAAGCUUGCAGGGCCAUGCUGCCCGACUCAUCUUUUAUCGAGGUUUACAUGAACAUGUCCUUACAAUUGUGUGAAGCAAGAGAUCCCAAAGGGCUAUACAAGCUCGCUCGUGCAGGAAAGAUCAAAGGUUUCACCGGAAUAGACGAUCCUUAUGAAUCACCAUUGAAUUGCGAGAUAGAGCUGAAAGAGAAAGAAGGAGAGUGCCCUUCGCCUGUAGCCAUGGCCGAGGAGGUCAUCUCUUACUUAGAAGAGAAAGGGUUUCUUCUGAACCAGGAACCUCCUCCAUUGCUGUGAAGACCUUUUGAGAGCUGUUUUGGUUUCCGAUUAAUAUUCUGAAACGCUACAUGAACUCUAGUGAUAUGCAUUUGCUUUCUUCUUCUUUCUGGGUACUCAUUCUGUGGUCUGAUUAUGAAUUCCAUAAAGUCUGCAAAUUGAAUACGCAAACCAUCUCAUGGGGACGUUGGUCAAAACGACGUAGUUUUGAUCCGCGUUUUUCUUCAAA